AUGACUUUUACACCACAAUCGCUUCCUGAUCUGUCAGGCCAAGUUUACAUUGUAACCGGCGGCAAUGCGGGAAUCGGUUUUAACACUGUGCUGGAAUUGGCAGCCCACAAGGCGAAAGUGUACAUGGGCGCACGAUCCGAGGCCAAAGCCAACGCUGCAAUCGUCGAGAUCAAAGGCCAGCAUCCUCAAGCAGAUAUAUCCGUUUUAGUGAUGGACAUGAUGAACCUGAAGACCGUCAAAGCCGCGGCUGACGAAAAAGAAUCAAGGCUCCAUGGCCUGGUGAACAACGCGGGUAUAAUGGCAACGCCGUACGAAGAAUCUGUGGACAAUUACGAAGCUCAAUUCCAGACAAACUACCUCUCUCACUGGCUUUUGACCUACAGUCUAUUGCCCAUCCUCACCGAGUCUGCGCGAUUGACUCGCCCUGGAACUGUCCGAGUCGUCAAUGUCAGCUCCGACGGCCAUCUGUUAUUUUCCCCUUCGGCAGGAAUCGAUUUCGAUGACAUAAACCAAACCAAGGGUACUGCAUUUUCGCGAUACGGCAUGUCUAAGCUAGCCAACAUCUUACACGCCAAAGAGUUACAUCGCAGAUAUGGUCCGUCGCCUGAUAAUGAUAGACAGGAAGAGAUUUGGACCGCAAGUCUGCAUCCAGGUACCAUUGACACUGGUCUAGGCCGUAACGCUACCGGUUCAUGGGCAUGGCAAGUACUUGUCCCGGUGAUGCGGCUUUUAAGGCUCUACAGCCCCCUUGAGACUGCAGCUUAUACGUCACUCUUCGCCAUCGCCGGCCCGGAUUUCCAUCAGGAUAUGAGUGGAGAGUACUUGAAGCCUGUAGGUAUCAUUGGAAAGACGUCAUCAACUGGACAGGAUCCCAAGUUGGCGGAGGAGCUCUGGCACUGGACGGAGAUUGAAAUGAGAAUCAAGGGAUUCAUUAAUUGA